CGUAGCGAGCUCGAAAUUUAUCUCAAAAUGAAUUUACUAUUGUCAGUGCAAUAUAAAUUCAUGGUUUGAGGAUUUAGUUUUUAAAUUUUUUUUUUCAUUUAUAUUUAUUGAAUAAAAUAUAUAAAUUUUUAUUAAUAUCAAUCUUUCACAAUUUGUAACUAAUAUAUUAGUAAAUUUAUAAAUUGUAAGUUAUAACAUGUAACAAUGAACUGCGAAUAGAGUUGGUGAAUAAGAAGAACAAGUUUCGCCUUCUUUCAUAUCAUAUAUUACCGGCAAAAGAAUUGUAGUGUGCAAAAAAAUAUUUAUUUCCGUUUAAUUAACUAAAUUUAACUAUUUUCGAGAAUUUAACAAAACAUACAUAAUAAUAUAAAUAUAAAUAUAUAAAUAUAUAUAUAUAUAAAUAAUUUUUAAACAUAUUUGUUAAUAAAACGUAAUGUAAGGCAUUGUUAAAUAGAAUAUUUACAAUGAUUCGUAUACGAUCCAUUAAACUCUUUCAAAUAUUAUUUGACAUAAAAACGCUAGUUACGACUCGAGAACAAAGAAUCCUUAACAACUUUUGGAUGUCUAAAUAUGCCAGGAUGUGCAGCAGUUGGCUGCAACAAUCGUAGUGAAAAAGGUUAUAUUAUGAAAUGUUUUCCACGUGAUCCAAAAUUAAGAAAAAUUUGGCAAGAACGUGUUGCUAGAGCUGAUUGGGAACCAUCAAAUAAUUCAUUUCUUUGUCACGUACACUUUGAACCUCAAGAGUGGUCUAUAACACAAAGUGGAAGAAUUAGAUUGAAAAAAAAUGCAGUUCCUUCCAUAUUUACUGUGACAUCUACUAGAAAAUCUCCUAAAAAAAGAACUAAAUUAUUUGAUAAUAUAGGUAAAAACAUAUUACAAGGUGAAUAUAAUAUAGAAUACAUGGAAAACGAUAUUGAACAUUCGUCUAUUGAGCAUUUAGAAGAGAAAGAAUUGGAUUUUCAGGAAACUGCUGAACCAUCUAUAGAACAAUCUAUUAAAAGUAAUUUUAAAUCUACCUAUAAAUCUAUAGGAACUAAAAAAGAAGAGAAUAUUAAUGUUGAUCAUCAAAAACAAAAUAUUGUAAUGAUUGCUGAAGAUAAUCUUACUGAUAUUAAUAGUUUAAUGGAGCAAUAUAAUUUUGAAGUGCAAUCAAAUGAUAAUAAAAAAGAAGUUGGAUUGUCCUUAAUUAUGGAAAAUUCGGAAACUACUCAGAUACCAGCCAUUACUGUGAAAAAUGAAAUUAAAAUAGAAGUUAUGGAUCAUAAUACAUUUGAAGAUAGUUAUGAUGAAAUUGAAGAAAAAUUAAAACAAAUUUGUGAUGGUGGAAUUACUGAAGAUGAUUAUAAAAAUGAAAAUGAGAAAAAAUUAAAAAUUAAGAAUCAAAAGGAAGAUGAAAUUGAAGAAAAAAUGGAUACAAAUACUGAGUAUACUAAUGAUGAUCAUAAAGUUGUUUCAUCAAAAAAAAAUGAAGUUGGACAUAUACUUACAGAGAAAGAAGAAAAUGUAGAAAUAAUUUUUGGUACUGAAAGUGGAGAUGAAAAAUCAUCUAUGUCUCAAAAUAUAUCAAAAAUAAAUAAAAUGGAUAAUAAUACUUUGAAACAUGAUGAAAUAAGUAUUAAAGAUGAAAAAAAGAUUUUUAAUGAGGAUAUAGAAGAAAAUUUCACUAAAGAUGAAGUACAUGUUAUACCAAAUAUAAGAGCAGCUAUGAAACGUAAAAGAAGAACUAGGGAAGAAAUAAUGAAAUCAAUAAAAAAAUCAAUUAGAAGUACUUCAGAUCAAGAUGUUAAUUCUUCAAGCAAUAGUGAAUUAUCUGAGCAAGAUACAGAAAUCAGAAAUGAAUUAUCAUUACUUUCACAAGAUAUAAAUAAUGUUUCUAAAAAUGAUAUAGAAGUAGAAACUGCUAAAUUUGUUAUCAAAGUAACUGGUGAUCCUGAUGAUGUGACUGAAAUUAUUGAAGAAUUAUCAUCCAAUACAAUAGGAACACAAAUAUCAAAAGAAUUUAGUUCAGUUUCUAAAAAUGAAGAUGAUGAUACAGUUAUCACAUCUGUUAUAACAGUAUUAUCACCUAAAAAUCUUCAAGGAAUUAUUAAUGGAGAUUUUAAUAAUCCAUUAUUAAAGGAUGAUUAUAUAACUUCAAAUAAAAAAGCAUCAAUAAUAUAUAUGAAUCAAUCUCCCUGUGAAGAAGUUAUAAAUUUAAAUCCAAUUCAUAGUUCUAAAACAUAUUCUUCCUGUUUUAAACAUAUAUAUUCUGAUGAAGAAGAAAGACAUAAGAUGGGGAUUAAUUCACCAUUACAAAAUUGUAAUGUACAAACUUCUAUGGAAAAUAAUACUGGUUGUGUUUCUUCAGAUUAUGAAGAUCUCUUAGAGAGAAUACAAAUUCAAGAAGAUGUGAUUACAAAAUUAACUGAUCAAUUAAUUAUUUAUAAAGAAUUAGAAAACAGUAUGAGAAAUAAAAAUAAUGAACAUGAAAUGUUAACCAGAGAAAUAGAAUCUUCUAGAAUUAAUACAAGAUCAAGUAAUACACAAUCUUCAAUUAUUAAUAAGAAAAAUUUAGAAUCUAAACAAAGAUUGAUAGAAGAUUUAUCAAACAGAGUGAAUUAUUUUGAAGAAAUGAAUAAGAAAUUAAUGAAAACUGUAACAUUGGAAUCUCAACAAAAAAGAAAGCUUGAAGGACAAAUUAAGCAAAAAGAUAAUCGAAUAAAGGAACUUAAUUGGAAAUUAGAAAAAGCUUCAAAAUACCUUGAAAGAGCAGAGAAAAACACAAAUACUUAUAGAAGGAAAAUGUUAAACAUGCAAACUAUUAUGAGAAGAAGAAAACUUUUAGAUGAAAAAAUGAGCAAAUUUAAUGAAAUGUUAAUAGAAACUUCUAAACAAGAAUUUUCAGAAAAGGUUUUAUCUAUGGCAGCAGAAAUUAGAAAAGUUUGUGGAAGAAGUGGAUAUGAUAAAUUGCUUUCUUAUGGAUUUCCAUUACCACCACUAUCAAUUUUAAGAAAAGGAAUUCUCAAUGAAGAUUUCACAGAUCUUAAUAGAAGUGACAUAGAUGAAGCACAAAAUUCUAUAAAUAUAAAUGUUAAAACAGAAAAAACACACGAUAUAAAUAAUGAAUCUGAAAUAGAUGAAAAAGAUACAGAACUUCUAGAUUCUGUUAAUAAAGUGACUGAAUAUGAAAGUGCAGAAACUGUAACAGGAACUGUGCAAGAUAUUUUUGACGAAAAUAAUGAUGGUGAUGAUUUUAGUACAAAUGAACUAAGAGAACAUUUUAUUUUACAACUAAAUGCAGUUAUGUAGCCAUAAUUUUGUAUUUUAAAUCAUCUUUCUUUUAUAUCUUAAGAACUGUAAUAUUAAGUCAUAAAUACUUAGAUAAAAGUUCUUCUAUCAUUGUACUAUAUGUACCAUUGUGCUCUUAAUAAUUAUAUUUAUUGUACAGUAUCAUCUGAUGUUCUUACUUCAAAUGUAAAUAUAUAUAAAAAUAUUAUUAUACAUGUAUAAUAUAAAAGACCAUUUUAAUUAA